AUGACUGAAAUAGUUCGCUGCAUGAUUGGAGAAGAGACUGCUAAGAAAAUUGCAACUGUUCAAUGCUCCAACAACACUAUAUCUGAUCGGAUACAUAAAAUAUCGGACCAUAUUGAAGAUCAACUAAUAAACAGGUUGAAAAGUUGUAACAUGUUUGCUAUUCAACUUGACGAAAGUACUGACGUUGCUGGACUUUCAAUACUGCUUGUUUUCGUGAGGUAUAUUUUUGAAACAUCUAUCGAAGAAGAUUUAUUGCUUUGUACUCCUUUGGACACAAAUACCACAGGUAAAGAAAUUUUUAAAGUCAUCGAUAGUUAUAUGAAUAAACAUCAGGUUGAUUGGGUUAAAUGUAUCGAUGUAUGUAGUGAAGGAGCUGCAGCUAUGGUUGGAAAAAUUAAAGGAACCGUGACGAAUAAAAAAUGUCACAGUAGUCAUUGCGUUUUACAUCGCCACGCUCUUGUUAGUAAGAAAAUGCCAUUGGAGUUAAAACAAAUUCUUAAUGAGGCUAUAUGUAUUGUAAACUAUAUUAAGAGUCGUCCACUCCAGUCUAGACUUUUUAAAAAAGUAUGUGAAGAAAUGGGUAGUCAGCAUUAUUCACUUCUUUUUCACACUGAAGUCAGAUGGCUUUCAAGAGGAAAGGUUCUAAGUAGGUUGUUUGAACUGCGCGAUGAUUUAAAGAUUUUUUUUCGGGACAAAAUCUAUCUAUAUCUAAGAGUUAUUUCGAGUUAUUACAUGAUGACCAAUGGCUUAUAA